AGUUUGUAACCAUGGAAUAUAUUGUUUUAUAACAUAUGCCAAACAGUAUUCACAUAAUUUCUGAAUUCAGUGCGCAGAUGUACUAGCUUUGGCAUUUCAACUCUUCCAGACAAUUUUAAAAUUUGACAGUAAACAAAAACAAAUCAUAUCUACCUUGAAAAUAAUUGAACAUUGGUAACUAACAAACAUUGGUCCACAUUUAAUGCGACUAUUCCAAAUUUCUGCGGUAAACGUAAAAUGAAAAUACAAUAAAUUAAAAGGAUGGCUGGAGUAAUUACAACUACUACAAGUUCAUUGAGGAUUCUCAAAAACCUUGUUCCUCGUGUAUCCAGCAUUAGGAACUAUUGCUCCGAUGACUGUGGCGACGAAAAAAAAGGCUUAAUUUUGGGCAUAUACGAAGGCGAAAAUGAAGAACCCGUGUUCACCAAGUCUGCAUCUAAAUUCAAUGACCACUUGGGAGGAAAGUUAGCAGACCUUCUCAAACGGGCUGGCCCCGAAUUGAGAAAGGGUGGAGCACGUAUUUUCAACAACAUGGACCGGGAAUUCUGGUCCGUAGUCGUCGUAGGACUGGGCAAAGAAAACUUGGGCUACAAUGAAAUGGAACUUAUCGACGAGGGUAUGGAGGCCGUUCGUCAAGGGGCCGGCAUGGGGGCGCAAGCUCUUAAACGUGAAGGAGUGAACAGAAUCCUUAUCGAAGGAAUGGGGUAUCCAGAACAAGCCGCAGAAGGAAGUGCCCUAGCCCUGUGGAGAUACCAAGAAAACAGAUCCAGACAAUACUGGAAAGUUAUCCCUACGUUGGAAUUGUUCGAUGAUUGCGAUGCCGAAAGUUUCCAGCGAGGCUUAUUCAAGGCAGAGUCUCAAAAUUUGGCCCGCAGACUCUCAGACACUCCGGCCAACCAGAUGACACCUCUCCACUUUGCACAGGAGGCAGUUAAUGAGCUGUGCCCCUGCGGCAUCAAGGUCAUGGUACAUGACAAGGAUUGGAUUGAAUCUAAGAAACUCAACGCCUUCCUCACCGUUGCAAGGGGUUCUUGCGAACCACCUGUAUUCGUUGAGAUUUCUUAUUGUGGCGCUCCAAUAGAUCAGAGACCCAUAUUGAUGGUCGGAAAGGGAAUCACCUUCGACAGCGGCGGCCUCUGCUUGAAGAGAUGCCCCGGAAUGGAUGUGUACCGUGCCGAUAUGACCGGUGCUGCGGCUAUCAUCGCCGCUAUCCGUGCCGCCUCCGCACUUAGCUUGCCCAUUAACAUCGAGGCAGUGAUUCCGCUGUGCGAGAACAUGCCCAGCGGCAUGGCCGUAAAAUGCGGCGAUGUAAUUGUUGGCUUAAACGGAAAAUCAAUAAUGAUUACCGACACCGACAAUGAGGGCCGUUUAAUUAUGGCCGAUGCUUUGGUUUACGGUCAAUCGACACACAAACCCAGAUUGAUCAUUGACGUGGCCAGUUUAACACCCGGAGUUAGAGCUGCGCUGGGAUCAGCCGCCAGCGGCGUUUACACUAACUCACAGGUGAUGUGGUCGCAGGUGCGCAAAGCCGGCGUGAUCACCGGCGACAGAGUGUGGAGGAUGCCACUCUGGAAAUUCUACACCAAGAUGGUCACCAACUUCAGAUCGCACGACGUCAACAACAAAGGCUGGGGACACGGUUCCUCACCAUUGGGUGCCGCCUUCCUCAACGAAUUCAUCGACUGCGUGGACUGGAUCCACUUCGACACCACUGGAGUCGGCUUCAAGAGCGAGCACAGAGUAUACUCCUAUUUGACCGAGGGAAGGAUGACUGGAAGACCAACACGUACACUUAUACAACUUCUCUACCAACUGUCGUGUCCAGCCGAGGGAGCUCGUGAAGUGAAAUAAGAGAUGUUAGGACACCACAUUCAUCACAAGAUUGCUUUCGUAAAUGGGUUACCGCGCUCGACUUAUUGACGUCGAGAAAUAUUUUGUCUUUUAAAAUAUAAAUUUAGUAUUAGUGCGUAUUAGAAAACUAAAUUCAAGUUAAUAAUGGGGUUAAUCCGACUUCUUAAAUGUAAUUGCAGGGUGGUCACCUGCUGACUAAGCCGUUUUUUCGGUUUGGUAUCGUAACUACGAAUCAGCAACAGUGAUGAAAGUGGUAUUCUUAGAGAGUCUGCGGCAUCUAUAAAAUUUUUAGUCUAUAGUUUUUGUCUUCUCUAUUUGGUUUCGUCUAAUGUAUUAGGCCGAUAUUUGAAAUUUGUCUUUAAAUUUAAUCCAAGUGUACCCUGUUUUAGUCUUUGUAGAUGCCUAAGUUAAGUUCUGUUUGGAGUCAGCAUUAACAGUAAAUCCUUGUACAUUAUAUGAUAUAUUAUAUAAUAAACUAUAUUUUUACAAAUUUACAAAA